UGAAGGCGGCAGAGCGCAGCGCCGUGCGCGCUGGAUGAGGGAGAUUAUCCUCCUCGUCAGCACGCACCGAGCGACCGGCGGCCGCUGCUCGACGCGAAAUGGGGAACGCCGACACCAAACUCCACUUCAGGAAGGCGGUGAUUCAACUCACGACCAAGACGCAGCCCGUAGAACCCUCAGACGAUGCCUUCUGGGAUCAGUUCUGGGCCGACACCUGCACCACCGUCCAGGACGUCUUCGCUCUGGUGCCGGCCGCAGAGAUCAGAGCCGUCAGGGAGGAGUCUCCAUCCAACCUGGCAACCCUCUGCUACAAGGCCGUGGAGCGCCUGGUUCAGGCUGCCGGCUGCGGCUGCCCGUCGGACAGCGAGCGGCAGGUGGUCCUGAACUGCAGCCGCCUGCUCACGCGCGUCCUGCCCUACAUCUUCGAGGACGCCGACUGGAGAGGCUUCUUCUGGUCCACGGUGCCGGGGGCCGGGGCCUCCGGGCGGUUGGACGAAGAUGGCGACGAAGACGAAGCUCGGCCGCUGGCGGAGUCGCUGCUGUUGGCCAUCGCCGACCUGCUCUUCUGUCCGGACUUCACGGCUCAGAGCCACAAGAAGGGCGGCCCGGACUCGGCUGCCGAGGACAUCGGAUCCAUAGACAGCUGCGAGUACAUCUGGGAGGCCGGCGUCGGCUUCGCUCAGUCGCCUCCUCUCAACUACGUGCACGACCUCAACAGGACGGAGCUGCUGAAGUUGCUGCUCACCUGUCUGUCCGAGGCCAUGUACCUCCCUCCGUCCUCGGAGAGGCGGAGCCUCAAUCCCUGGGUGUCCUUCUUUUGCUCCUCAGAGAACAGACACGCCCUGCCGCUGUUCACCUCCCUGCUCAACGUGGUGUGCGCCUACGACCCCGUCGGAUACGGCAUCCCGUACAACCACCUGCUGUUCUCCGACCAGCGGGAGCAGCUGGUGGAGCAGGCGGUGCAGAUCCUCAUCGUCAGCCUGGAGCACGAGGGCGGGUCGGCCGCCAGUGCCGCCCUGCGGGCGCUGGACUCCUGCGGUUCCCCCUCCGGCGGCGAGGAGCAGGAGCCUGCCGGGCCUGACAACCUCUUUGUGAAUUAUCUCUCCAGGAUACACCGAGAAGAGGACUUGAGCUUCAUCCUGAAAGGUCUGGCUCGGUUGAUGAACAAUCCCCUGGUCCAAACUUACCUGCCUCAUUCCGCCAAGAAGAUCCAGUUCCACCAGGAGCUGCUGAUCCUCUUCUGGAAGUUCUGUGACUACAACAAGAAGUUCCUGUUCUUCGUGCUGAAGAGCAGCGACGUGCUGGACGUGCUGGUUCCCAUCCUCUUCAGCCUGAACGACGCCAGAGCAGAUCAGUCUCGCGUGGGCCUCAUGCACAUCGGCGUCUUCAUCCUCCUGCUGCUGAGCGGGGAGAGGAACUUCGGCGUGCGUCUGAACAAGCCGUACGCUCUCCGGGUGCCGAUGGACAUCGCCGUCUUCACGGGGACACACGCUGACCUGCUGGUUCUGAUCUUCCAUAAGAUCAUAACGGGUGGACACCAGCGGCUGCAGCCGCUGUUCGACUGCCUGCUCACCAUCAUAGUGAACAUUUCUCCUUAUCUGAAGAGCCUGUCCAUGUUGGCAGCCAACAAGCUGCUCCACCUCCUGGAAGCCUUCUCCACCCCCUGGUUCCUCUUCUCCUCCCCGCAGAACCACCACCUGGUCUUCUUUCUUCUGGAGGUCUUCAACAACAUCAUCCAGUACCAGUUUGAUGGUAACUGCAACCUGGUGUACGCCAUCAUCAGGAAGAGGAACGUCUUCCACCAGCUGGCCAACCUGCCGUCCGACGGGGCGUCCAUCCAGAGGGCGCUGCAGAGGAAGAAGAAGCCCGGAGUCUCUAGGAGCAACUCUGCAGAGGCCGAGUCCACGGACGAGUCCACGCCUGCUGUUCCCGCCGGGCCCGGAUCCCUCAAAGCCAGUUUAGAGGCCACUCCAGAAAUCGAUAAGAUAACCGAGAAGUCCCAGGUGAGCUUGGACGGAACCAUGAUCACUGUGGCUGAGCCGGACUCCGCCCAGCCACCUGCAGCCGGCGAGUCCAUCCUGGAGGGGGACGGCGAGGUAAAACCAGCCCUCAGGUCCGCCGCGAGGAGUCGCUUGGCGAGGGGGUGGUCGUCCGGUACCCGGAGCGCCCGCACGGACUGGGUGUCCUUCUGGGAGAUCAAACUCCCUCUGCAGACCAUCAUGCGGCUGCUACAGGUGCUGGUCCCUCAGGUGGAGAAGAUUUGCAUCGACAAGGGUUUGACAGACGAGUCUGAGAUCUUGAAGUUCCUUCAGCACGGUACCCUGGUCGGCCUGCUGCCCGUCCCUCAUCCCAUCCUCAUCAGGAAGUACCAGGCCAACGCCGGCACGGCCAUGUGGUUCCGCACCUACAUGUGGGGCGUCAUCUACUUACGCAACGUGGACCCUCCGAUCUGGUACGACACGGACAUCCGUCUCUUUGAGAUCCAGAGGAUUUAGAAGGCGUCCGGUUGACUUUGUUCUCUUCACAAACUCACCGGUUGAUCUGAGAUCGUUUUUUACCUUCUUCCCGUUUGAACUUGGACCGGAGGAACAUGUCGCUUUCUGGUGAUCUCGAAAGAAAACAAGCAGUGAAGAUCUUGUGCUUGAUUCGUCCUGGCGAUUUUCAGAACCGUGUCAAAGCACUCACCACUUUGUAUCACAUACAACCUGUAUUAUAAGCAAUGCCAAAUGGUUAUUAAAUAUGACAUAAUCAUGAAAGGUGAUGCUUAUUGAACAUUCAUUUAUUGAACAUUUUCAUGGACCAGAAACUAAAGAUUGGAAAGGGUCAAACUAAAUAUUAUUGUAUGUUUUACCAUUUGAAACAUAUGUGUAUGCAACCAAGAUGUUGGAAUUAACUUUCAUAAAGUUGGACUGUGAAAGCAUCAAAGCUGUAAGAAAAAAAA